AUGGGUCCAGUCAUGCCUCCCAGCAAGAAGCCGGAAAGCUCAGGAAUUAGCGUCUCCCGUGGGCUGAGCCAGUGUUACCGGGGCAGCGGCUUCUCCAAGGCCCUCCAGGAAGACGAUGACCUCGACUUCUCCCUGCCCGACAUCCGCCUAGAAGAGGGGGCCAUGGAAGAUGAGGAGCUGACCAACCUGAACUGGCUGCACGAGAGCAAGAACCUGCUGAAGAGCUUCGGGGAGUCGGUGCUCCGGAGCGUCAGCCCCGUCCAAGACCCGGACGACGACACGCCCCCGUCCCCCGCCCACUCCGACCUGCCCUACGAUGCCAGGCAGAACCCCAACUGCAAGCCCCCCUACUCCUUCAGCUGCCUCAUAUUUAUGGCCAUCGAGGACUCCCCGACCAAGCGCCUGCCGGUGAAGGAUAUCUACAACUGGAUCUUGGAACAUUUCCCGUAUUUUGCAAACGCACCGACUGGGUGGAAAAACUCAGUGAGACACAAUUUGUCGUUGAAUAAGUGUUUUAAGAAGGUGGACAAAGAGAGGAGUCAGAGCAUUGGGAAAGGGUCGUUGUGGUGCAUAGACCCGGAGUACAGACAAAACCUAAUUCAGGCUCUGAAAAAGACACCUUAUCACCCGCACCCUCACGUGUUCACCACGCCGCCCGCCUCUCCUCAGGCAUAUCAAAGCACAUCAGGUCCACCCAUUUGGCCGGGCAGUACCUUCUUCAAGAGAAAUGGAGCCCUUCUACAAGAUCCUGACAUUGAUGCUGCCAGUGCCAUGAUGCUUUUGAAUACUCCCCCUGAGAUACAAGCAGGUUUUCCGCCAGGAGUGAUACAGAACGGAGCGCGGGUUCUGAGCCGAGGGCUGUUCCCCGGGGUCCGGCCAUUGCCAAUCACGCCCAUUGGGAUGACGGCCGCUGUGAGGAACGGCCUGGGCAGCGGCAGGACGCGGACCGAGAGCGAGCCGUCGUGCGGCUCCCCGGUGGUCAGCGGGGACCCCAAGGAGGACCACAACUACAGCAGUGCCAAGGCGGCCGCCGCCCGGAGCACCUCGCCCGCCAGCGACUCGGUGUCCUCCUCCUCGGCCGAGGACCACGACGAGCUCGCCGCGGCGGCCAAGGGGGGCCCGGAGGGCAGCGAGGGCAGCGCGCAGGGCCGCGGGGGCCACAGCGGGAGCCACAGCGAGGCCGAGGAGGACAAGCAUGGCCCCCGGGAGGCGCCCCCCGACGCCCCGCACAAGAAGCGCCAGCACCUCGCCAAGGCCCGGCGGGUCCCCAGCGACUCGCUGCCCCUCAAAAAGAGACGCACCGAGAAGCCCCCCGAGAGCGAUGACGAGGAGAUGAAGGAGGCGGCGGGGUCGCUCCUGCACUUGGCAGGGAUCCGGUCCUGUUUGAACAACAUCACCAAUCGGACGGCAAAGGGGCAGAAAGAGCAGAAGGAGACCACGAAAAAUUAA